AUGAGAAGGGAGAACCAGAGCAGCGUGUCCCAGUUCCUCCUCCUGGGGCUCCCCAUCCCACCAGGGCAACAGGGCGUGUUCUUCACCCUGUUCCUGGGCAUGUACCUGACCACGGUGCUGGGCAACCUGCUCAUCAUCCUGCUUAUCAGGCUGGACUCUCGCCUGCACACGCCCAUGUACUUCUUCCUCAGCCACUUGGCCUUCUCUGAUGUCUCCUUCUCAUCUGUCAUUGUUCCUAAGAUGCUCAUGAACAUGCAGACUCAGGAUCAAUCCAUUUCCUAUGGAGGGUGUGUAACCCAGAUGUAUUUUUUUAUAUUUUUUGGUUCUUUUGAUACCCUUCUCCUUGGAGUAAUGGCAUAUGACAGGUACGUGGCCAUCUGUCAGCCUCUACAUUAUACCACCAUCAUGAGGGAGGAACUGUGCACAUUUCUGUUGGCUGGAUCUUGGCUCCUCUCUGGUAGCAUUGCCCUGUCCCACACCAUCCUCGUGGCUCAAUUGUCCUUCUGUGCUGACAACAUUAUCCCUCACUUCUUUUGUGAUCUUGCUGCCCUGCUUAAGCUCUCAUGCUCAGACAUCUCCCUCAAUGAAAUUUUUAUCUUCGCUACUGGGGGAUUGAUCACUAUCCUGUCAUUUACUGGGAUUCUGGUCUCUUACAUCCGCAUUGGUGUCUCCAUCCUGAGGAUCCCCUCUACCAAAGGGAUCUGCAAAGCCUUGUCCACCUGUGGCUCCCACCUCUCCGUGGUGUUUCUGUUCUAUGGAACAACUAUGGCUCUGUACAUUUUCCCAUCAUCAAACAACUCCAAUGGCAAAGACAUAAUUGCCUCAGUGAUGUAUACAGUGGUGACCCCCAUGCUGAACCCCUUCAUCUAUAGCCUGAGGAACAGAGACAUGAAGGGGGCUUUGGGGAAAGUUUUCAAGAGGGAUAUCCUUUUCACCUAG